AUGAUUCGGCAUCUCAAAGAUAGAACUGAUGUGCCGCCAUGCUCAGCUUGGCAGAUAUACAUGUUUCGUUCUGCCAGUGACUCCGAUAUUAUUGUUGGAAUGGAUAUACCGAGAGAGUGGAUUCGUGUGAGUCUCAACGUUAGUUCGCCAAACAGCACAGCCAUUCCAAAUGUUUCUGGUGUUUGGGAGGGAAUCGAUCUCAUAUUGCACGAAUAUUGUCGUGAAAGGCUGACUCUCACGAACUUGCAGAACAUCAUUCUUGUCACCCUGUAUGUAAUAACGUUUCUUGUGGCCACAUCUGCCAACAUCAUAGCGCUUAUAGUCUUUUGGAGGUUCCAGCAUAUGCGAUGUCUAUCCAAUUCUCUGCUGAUUACACUGGCUGUUUCUGACUUGCUGGUGUCACUCCUAUGCAUGCCAAUGGCUAUUGGGUUUUAUACAUAUAAAUUAUGGAUAUUCGGUGAAGUGAUGUGCAAACUGGCUAAUUACUUACAAGGUGUUGCUGUAGCAGCCAGUGUCUUCACAAUGACAGUAAUGAGUCUGGACAGAUACAUGGUCAUUUGUCAUCCCAUUGCCUUCCGCAAGCAUCUCUACCGUAGGCAUGUUGGAUGGAGUAUUAUUCUGGUCUGGCUGCUGGCGUUGUUACUUUUCGUACCAGUUCUGAUAGUCCGGAAGACACACGGCAUUAUUCUCCAUGCUGGGACCAGUCGUGAGUUAUCUUUCGUGUAUUGCGUGGAGAAUUGGUCAACAUCAUCGGCUAGAGAAGGUUUCGCCUUUGCGACGUUCACUCUUGUCUUCGUGAUUCCUGGAGCCACCAUGGCUGCUGCUUAUUGCAGAAUAGGAGUAAGGCUCUGUGGAAGAGGAAGCGGUCUCAACAGAACAGAAGGACAUGGUAGUAAACAGUCGGUUUCCUUUCGGAUUCAGAAUAUUAUGGAAAGAAGAAAGUUAGUGGCCAAACGAUUUCUUAUACUGACAACAGUAUUUGCUAUCUGCUGGGUACCAUAUAAUAUUGCCACUUUACUUCUUGACUUUCAGGUGAGUGGAAAUGUGGAUAUGCACCUAUCUAUGUUUCUUCCGUUCGGAUUACUUCUAGGGCAUGUGAAUAGUGCCAUCAAUCCACUUCUCUACUGCUGGGUGAAUAAACGCUUCAGGAAGUGUGUUGCUCUCACCUUUCGUUGCAGAAAGACAAGGGAUGCAGUCUGGGACAGAAGAGAUGUUUUUCAAUGUCAGGAAUAUCCAAUGACAGUAGCAGCAAGCCUUCGCUCUUCAUCCCUAGUAUGGAAGAAAUCUCUACGAAAAAUGGAUUCCCAGAAUCUUCAAGAUAAAACACAGCAGGAAUCUAAAAAUGGGAGAAAUCUAAGUUCUACACUGGAAUCUACCAUUUUUAAAGAUUAGACAUUUCACUCGUCAGCAAAUAUCCAAAUUAUGAACUAAAAUUUGGAAUAAUAAGACAAAUUUCUUGAUUUUCUUUUUGCAAUCAAAUGAAGAAACUGGAGUUUUUGCAUCAUGCUUACAAAGAUACUGUGUUCAGUUCUACAUUGCUUCCUUGAAAGGUGCAUGGAAGUUAUCAUACCAAAAACAUAUUUACGUAAAAUCAACUACUAAACACAAUAUUGAAAUCAAUUUCUCAUUAUUAUAUGCAAGCAAAAGUAAGCUUAAUUAACAUUUAUCACUUAUAUGAUUGUCUCCAGUGGUGUAGUUAAAAGGGAGGGGGCAAAAGGGGAUGCCAAAUUAAUGUUACAAAAUUUUAAAAUUAAAUGUUUUCCAUUAUUGGCAAACAAGAGGAGGCAUGAAAUCUUGAGUCGUCCCCAGGUGUUAAAGACCCUAGCUACGACUCUGUAAGGCUCUUAUUCAGUUUUACUGUAGAAGUCAUUUUACUAUAAUAUUUUAAAUGUUAAUAUAUGAACUAAAAUGCCCUUAUCAUAAUUUAUACUAUAAUAUAAACUCUUUUACAAUCAGAAUUCGUUGAAAAAAAAUGAAAGGAUAAACAAAUGAAAGGACGCUGACAUCCACAAAAUCUUUCCUUUGCACAGCUCGCACAGUCCACUAUCUGUUCACAUCCAAAUAUUUGCUUUUAAUAUUUUGCAAUGUUCUUUUAACAUAUUUCAUGUAUUUUGGAAUAAUUGUCAAAUAUUAGAGCAUUUUUAUUGUCAAUGUUAAUAAAAAAAUUUUAAAGCAUUUUAUUACAUUUCAGAAACACCUGUAUAAAUGCAAUCUAUCUAAUAAUAAUAUUCACUUCAAUAACACUCAUUUGAUUCCUAUUAUCCUGUGUGUGUUAAUUCAAAGAAUUGUAUUAUUACAGUUACUAUCAAUUAAAUUCCUUUGAAUUCAUUUGUACAAAA